AUGCCGACGCUAGAGGUUGUAUCCUUCAUUGAAAUAUGCGACCAAGACGAGGACAUUGAGAAGUCUAUCUAUCUAUCUAUCUAUCUAUCUAUCUAUCUAUCGAUAUGCCUGUCUGUCUAUGUAUAUGUCUGUCUCUUUCUAUAUGUCUAUCUAUGUGUCUGUCUAUCUAUAUGUCUGUCUAUCUAUCUUUGUGUCUGUUUAUAUGUCUGUCUAUCACUUCCUAUCUGUCUAUCUAUAUGUCUGUCUUUUUAUCUCUAUGUCUGUCUCUGUCUAUCUAUAUUUCUGUCUAUGCAUAUGUCUGUCCGUUUGUCUAUAUAUCUGUUUAUCUGUGUGUCUCUGUCUCUCUAUAUGUUUGUCUGUCUGUAUAUCUAUCUAUGUGUCUGUCUAUCUAUAUGUCUGUCUAUCUAUCUGUAUUGCGAUAUUUAUCUGUCAAUUGAUUUUACUCUGUACCUCUCUCUCUAUCUCACUCUGUUUCCUUCUAUCUAUCUAUCUAUCUAUCUAUCUAUCUAUCUAUCUAUCUAUCCCGCUUUGUUUCUACCUGUCUAUUUUUAUAUCACUCUGUCUCGAUCUCAAUCUUUUUCUAUCUAUCUAUCUAUCUAUCUAUCUAUCUAUCUAUCUAUCUAUCUAUCUAUCUAUCUCUCUCUCUCUAUAUAUAUAUAUAUAUCAAUCUGUUUCUAUCUAUCUAUCUAUCUAUCUAUCUAUCUAAAUCUGUUUCUGUCUGCAACAACAUCUAUCUAUCUAUCUAUCUAUCUAUCUAUCUAUCUAUCUAUCUAUCUAUCUAAUCCUGUAUCUAUCUAUUUGAGUUUGGCCAUGUCUAUAUAUAUAUCUAUCUUAGUCGAGUCAUGUCCAUAUUGUAUCUAUCUAUCUCACACAGGUCAUGCCUAUCUAUCUCUGUCCAUAUCUAUCUAUCUAUCUAUCUAUCUAUCUAUCUAUCUAUCUAUCUAUCUGUUAUAG